AUGCAGGUUAACCAGGACAAGUUACCCGAUAAUUUGCAUCAUCAACGGCCAUCCCAGUUACUCACUAUUUGCGAUCCGCCGGAUGAUCAUGCGGUUUUACGGUGUCCUUGCCUACAGGUUGACGGUGUCAAGUCCGACUACGGUAUACGGGGUCUUUGUUGCUUCUCAAUUCCAACUUCAUUCGCUUGGCUAUACACACAGACGAAGGGUAACGUGCCAGGUACUACCACCUUUUAUUUCGACACCUUCUCUACUACAAGGGCGACCACACAGUUUAUUCAAUUAGCACAUCCGAAUCACCCCACUUAUGCAAAUCCAGAUCACGCCAUCUACGUAUCCCGAUCCAGACCAAACCCAGCACCACGAAAUUCCAGG